UCUCGACCUUCGCACGCCGAGCCCCGUCGUCCAAUCUGAAUAUGUGGGAGGAGCGCGUCCGCCCACAAAAGCCACAGCUAUCUCCCCGUUAUCGAACCCAAUUGUGCACGAAUUAAAGAGAAUAGGCUGAAAAUACAAACGCAGGUGGCGGCUCGUUUCAGGUACGCGGCGGACGGCGACGAGACGUCCGCGCGUCGUGUGUCGUCGGGGGAAGAAGCGGCGGGUGACAAGAGGCAGGAGCAGCGAGGAGGGUGUUGUCCUGGUGCUUAAAUGGAAGUGGGUGGGCCUCCACGGUCACACACCGCCAACUUCUCUGUGGCCAUCGUUCUGACAAGCACAAAUUAGCUCGUUUAUGGACUGCCUGAUCGGCGAGAGCGACAGAAGACGGGGGCUGCGAGGAGUCCGAAGGUGCAAAGACGGUCACGGCGCGUGCUGUUGUUCCCCUUAUUUUCGGGGGGCUGCUUGAUUGUGCCUCCGCUUGGCACCGCCCUUCCUGGCUGGUGGGUGGUUUCGUCAAACGGGCUGAUCCGCGACGGCCCUGAGACGAACAUAUAGGCCGUCCUCCGCCUCUGUACCCGGCCGGCCUUCUACCGUGAACUACACCCUCUCCCUCUCGGUAUAUUAAUGCGUUAUGAGUGACUCGAAGAAGGAAUCAUCUGGAACAGAAGGAGGGAAACCAUCUAAACGGGGCAAAAGUUCAGGAUCGCAGGAUUCCUCUCAGCCGUCUCCGCUGGCUCUGCUAGCAGCCACCUGCAGUAAGAUCGGAGGGCAGGGGGGAGCAGAGGUGGCCCAGGCCCAAGCAGGUGCCCAGCAGAUCCAAGUGCAAGCCGGUCAGAUCCAGCUCCAGGCGGGCCAGCUUCAGGGUCAGAUCGUGUUGGACGCAGCCGGGGGCCAGGCCCUGGUGCCCCAGCAGCUAGAACUGGUCCCUGCUCAGUUCACGGGGAACGGCUGGCAGAUCAUUACGGCAGCGCCAACGAUGGCCAAGGAGAACACCAGUCAGCCUGUUGCUGUGACGGUGGCCAGUACUCUGGCCAAUGACAGCCCACCUGGAGGACGCAAGUUGAAAACAACAAGUGGCACCAACAGUGUCCCAGCCAAUCAGCAGCAGCAGCAAUUCCAGAUCAUCCAGGUUCAGAAUCUGCCCAAUGCUGGAGGCGGCGUCCAGUAUCAGGUCAUCCCUCACCUGCAGACUGCCGAUGGACAGCAGAUCCACAUCAACCCGCAGCCGGCUUCCAUCGGGGCCCUGCCUGAGCAGGUGCAGCUCAUCCAGACCCCAAACUCAGGCCAGGCCCAGGCUAUUCUCCAACCAGCCAACCAGCAGGCUAUUCUACCAAGCACAGCCAAUCAGACGGUCCCGUUGCAGAUCCGUCCCGCACAGACUUUUCCCAUCCAGUUUCAGACUCUGCAGGGCUCCCAGACUCCCGUUAUGACGACCGUACCCAUAAACCUCGGCGGCAUGACUCUGGCCCUGCCGGUAAUCAACAACGUGGCGGGGAGCGGGGCGGUGCAGCUCAUCCAAUCGGCAGAUGGCACCUUCUCCGUCGCUAACGGCAACCAACUGGUGACGACGGCGGUGCCAGGAGGAGUUCCCGCAGCACCCAGCGCCGGGUCGACGCCAACGGCAGCCGAAGGGGACGGCACGUCGGACGGCGCUCAGGGUGUCGCGGCCGCACCUGACGGCGCACCCGAUAACUGCCAGGUACAGAGCGACGAGACAGACUCCCAGAGCCAGAACCAGGCCAAUGGGCUCCAGAACCAGUCAGACGCUCCGGGAACCAUCCAGCAGGUGAUCGUGGGCCAGGUGGGACACCAGCUGGUGCAGCAGAUCCAGCUGCAGUCCCCCGUUCAGAGUCAGGGUCAGACGCAGAACCAGCAGCAACCACAACACAUUCAGACCCUCCAGCUGGCGCCUGGACAAACCCUGCAGCCCAUCCAGGCCUUCCAGAACCCGGCGCAGGUUCUUAUCCGCGCUCCCACCCUGUCCUCGUCUGGGCAGAUCACCUGGCAGACCCUCCAGCUGCCCGGCGGGGUCUCCUUGCAGGGCGGCCUGGGGGCGGCAGUGCCACAGCAGCUAACCCUGGCUCCGGUGGCCGGCGGGACGGCAGUAGGGAGCGGGGGAUUGGUGUCCCUGAGCGGAACCCCCCUGACGCUCAGCGCGGCCCAGAUCAACCCAGGUUCAGGCGUCCAGACGGUCAGCAUCGCUGGACUUGGCACUGCAGGGGUUCAGGUGCAAGGUGUUCCUCUCACCAUCACCGGUCUACAGGGUCAACCACAGAGUCAGGACGCGGUUAAAGUUCAGCCUUCUCCCGUGACGGUCACUGUCGGCAGCGUGGCCUCGGGUUCGUCGGUGAGUCCAGACCAGCUCGGCUCCGUUCAGAGUUCUUCAGACCAGGAGGGGCCGCCCAGCAAGAGGCUACGACGCGUCGCCUGUUCCUGUCCAAACUGCAGGGAUGGAGAGGGAAGGAACAGCGGAGACCCGACCAAGAAAAAGCAGCACAUCUGCCACAUGGAGGGCUGCGGGAAGGUGUACGGCAAGACGUCUCACCUGAGGGCCCACCUGCGCUGGCACACCGGCGAGAGGCCGUUUGUCUGUAACUGGAUCUUCUGUGGGAAGAGGUUCACCCGUAGCGACGAGCUGCAGAGACACCGGAGAACACACACGGGAGAGAAGCGUUUCGAGUGUCCUGAAUGCUCCAAGCGCUUCAUGCGCAGCGACCACCUAUCAAAGCACAUCAAGACUCACCAGAACAAGAAGGGCGGCGCCGCCGUCGCCAUAAUCACCACCGACGACAUGGAGGAGGACCCCCCCGAAGGUCUGGCAGAAUCCCCGCAGAUAGUCGCCGUGGGAACCCUCACGCGGGACUCUGAACCCGCUACGCCCACCACCUCCAACCACCUGGAGGAAGAGGAGGAGGAAGAGUUUGAAUAGACAAAUCGAAGGAAGACUUCCCGAUAUAUAUAUAUAUUUUUUGUCGUUGUUGUUGAUUUUUGGAGGCGUUUGCAGGGACUUUUGCAUCAUUUUAAAAUUGUUUUCUUAUAAACAGAAGGAACUUAAAAGAGGAUCAUGUAAUGGUCGUGAAGUGGACAAAAAAAGAAAAUAUAAACGAUACAAUCUGAAGAAAACUAACAUAUAAUGAGAUAUUAGUUUGGCUUUUAUGUAAUAAUCUAUAACAUUUCCAUGUGCAUUGAGGGGACAGAAUGUAAGCAAGAUGAGCACAAGACAGGGGGACCUGAGGAAAGUAAAACCAUCCAACAGUGAGAGGCAUUUUCCUAACAAGAAUCCAACUCUAUGCACAAAGAUGUGUUCCUGUUUCAUACCUGUCUGACAGUGCUGAGGUCAAUGGUACAGGACGGUUGCAGAGCGGCAACAGCGCAGGGGCAGUCUGGGACACUGUGUGUGUGUGUCUGUGUGGAUAAGCGUGAUCCGAGCAGAUGGCUGUGUGUGUGUGUGUGUGUGUGUUUGCGUUCCCGUUCUGCUCCAAAGAUGAUCUACCUAUGGUGAGUUUUAGUCAAGGUUCAGCUUCAGUCCUCAGAUCAGAUUCAGGUGUUGAUUUGUUUGAUUAGUCAACAAAUUAUUCUUAAAAGAGGAAAUUCUAAAAGAGAAGAAGAGUAGUGGGGCGAGAAAAAUAAGCACAUAUAAAAAAAAAAAGAUUUAUAAAUAAUGCAUUCCUUAUUGAAGCGCAGUGGCCAUUAGAAUACAAAUAAAAGGUUUCUAUAGAGAGAGAGGGGGA